AUGUCGUCUCUUAUCAGUAUCAGUAAGAAAUUGGCUGGGCAAAGAACACAUCGAGAACGAGCGCAGGUAUAUUUUUUAAAAAUAAAUUUGAAAUUGGUUUUUUUCAAUCUCAAGUACUUUGAAUUGCGGUUUAAAAAAUUUAUUUCAGCCGAAACGACUUGAAAAGUAUGGUUUACUCGAAAAGAAGAAGGACUACAAACUUCGCGCCAAAGACUAUCAGGUUCAGUUUCGUGUUGUGCAUGAUGUCCUAACUCCCUAUUUCAGGAAAAAAGAGAUGUUCUCAAGAAGUUGAGGAAACAUGCUUUGGACAAAAACACGGACGAAUAUCACCAUCAUAUGAUCAACAGUGUGACCAGGGUAUUUUUCGUCUAUUUUUUCAAAACGAUAUCAAUCAAUCUCCAGGAGGAUGGACGUCAUCUCGAGAAGCUGAACGCUGCUCAACAGGAGGAAACGGAAUUGCAAAAAAAGCUGGGCGAUAUCAAAAAUUUAGACUAUAUCAAAUAUAAACUUGCUUUAGAGAAGAAAGUAAAAAGAAAGUUUUUUUUGUUUCGAAGUUUGACUUUUGCAGAAAGUUGAGGAACUGAAGCAAGAGUUGCAUUUUGUCGAUCCGAGCUGCCACCAGGUGCAAAACAAGCACACAAUUUUUGUUGACGACGAUGAAGAAGGUUUAAAAAAGACGAGGGAAUUUUCUUUAAAAAUAACUUCAGCUCGCUCAUUCGAUGCAGCUGCCUACUUCAACACAGACAGUUCUGUUCUUGGAAGGAAGUUCAAUAGAAUAAAAAGUGGAGACCUUGAGCAGAAGCAAAUAAUUGGUGCGACGUGUAAAGAAGCAGUCAAGGUUUUCCUUUCGUGAAAAUGAUUUCGAAGUGGAAUUUUUUAGAAGGCUGAUCGGUUACGGAGAUUAAGAUACAACGAACUGAUCAAACGAAUGAACCGAGUGGAAGAAAUGGAAGUUGUUGUGGCAAAAUUACAAUUGAAAAAGGUAUUGGAUUUUAAAGAGUGUAAAAUUUUGACCAUUUUUGUCCUACAGAACCUUGCCGAUUCCUCCCGUUCCGAACUCCAGCCGCAGAAAGUCCAAGAAGCAAAACCUAUGCAAGCUGCAGUUUAUAAAUGGACAUAUGAUCGCAAAAAAUGA